AAUAUAAGAAAAUGUUAGAAAAACGUUUAGCUUUAGCUGUAUUACAACGUAAUUGUCGUAAAUAUUUAUCAUUACGUAAUUGGCCAUGGUGGAAAUUAUAUACAAAAGUUAAACCAUUAUUAUCUGUUGCAAGACAAGAAGAUGAAAUGAAAAAACUUGAAGAAGAAUUUAAAACACUUAAAGAAUCUUUAGAAAAAGAAGAAAAAUUACGAAAAGAAGUUGAAGAUAAUAAUGGAAAAUUAAUUCGAGAAAAAAAUGAUUUACUUCAACAAUUGGAAUCUGAACGAGUUGGUUCAUCAGAAGCUGAAGAACGUUAUACACGCUUAGUAACACAAAAAGCUGAUCUUGAACAACAAAUCAAAGAUUUAGAAGAUCGUUUUAGUCAAGAAGAAGAAAGUGCUCAACAAUUAAAUAAUAAGAAAAAGAAACUUGAACAAGAAAUUGAUUCAUUGAAAAAAGAUAUUGAUGAUAUGCGUUUAAAUUUACAAAAAUCUGAACAUGAAUGUAAACAACGUGAUACACAAAUUCAUACAUUACAAGAUGAAAUAGCUCAUCAAGAUGAAAAUAUUGCAAAAUUAACACGUGAACGUAAACGUCUUGAAGAACAAAAUGCUAAAACAACAGAACAAUUACAAGCUGAAGAAGAUAAAGUUAAUCAUUUAAAUAAAUUAAAAACUAAACUUGAACAAACACUUGAUGAAUUAGAAGAUAGUUUAGAACGUGAAAAGAAAGCACGUGUUGAUUUAGAUAAAUCAAAACGAAAACUUGAAACUGAUUUAAAAACAUUACAAAGUAAUUUAGAAGAAGUAGAUAAAUCAAAACGUGAAUUACAAGAAGCACUUAAACGUAAAGAUCAAGAAAUUCAACAAAUGGGUGGACGUCUUGAAGAUGAACAAGGACAAGCAACAAGUCUUGGAAAGAAAAUCAAAGAAUCACAAGCACGUAUUGAAGAAUUAGAAGAAGAACUUGAAAGUGAACGACAAGCAAGAACAAAAGCAGAAAAACAACGAGCUGAUUUAGCAAGAGAAAUUGAUGAAAUGGGUGACCGUUUAGAAGAAGCUGGUGGUGCAACAACAUCACAAGUUGAAAUGAAUAAAAAACGUGAAUCAGAAUUACAAAAACUUCGUCGAGAUUUAGAAGAAGCUAAUCUUCAACAUGAAGCUACAGCUGCACAAUUAAGAAAGAAACAUCAAGAUGCUGUUACUGGUAAAAUAA